GGAGGAGAGGUGGAGGAGAGAGAGGGAGCGGACAGAGGACAGGAGAGAGGGAUAAAUAGCAGAAGAGAGGAGAGAACAAGGGACACGGACUGCUGCAACCGGAGAUACCUGCAGACAUCCAGAUAACACGGGAGUUCAUUUUCAAUUACAUGACAGUCUAAUUAACGAUUCUAGUGACUGCGCCAAAACGCGCAUUCAUUUGGGGAUUUUCUCCACCCGCACGUCCAACUUUUCUUUUUCUGCGCUCCACGGGCUGACCCACGCUCUCUGGCUGAUACCGAGGUUCCCUCUACUCACCUCUUGGACCUCGACUUUGAUCUCCUCUUCUGUAAACCGGAUCUGGUGUCUUAUCUGUGAUGGGGGCAGCGGCGGAGGUUGGGAGCUUCGCCAACGGAUUUCUGGACAGCUUUGGCCCCGCGGGUGCCGUUCCGGCUUCCGUUGGCUCUCAUUUCGUUCUCACCCCAGCCGGGGCGGUGGACUACAACUCGGUAACCGGACUGAUGAUGGGGGGGCAGGGGCAGCAGCAGGAGCACCUGGUGUCCGCGGAGAGGCUGUCCCGGAGCCUGGCGAACCUCAGCCAUCUGAAAGGGAUUCUGAGGCGGCGGCAGCUCUACUGCAGGACCGGCUUCCACCUGGAGAUCCGUCCCGAUGGCACCGUGCAGGGCACCAGGAAGGACCACAGCAGAUUCGGUAUUUUGGAGUUCAUCAGUCUGGCUGUGGGACUGGUUAGCAUCAGAGGUGUGGACAGUGGCCUCUAUCUCGCCAUGAACAGCAAGGGAGAACUGUAUGGAUCGGAGAAGCUGUCUGCAGAAUGUGUAUUUAGGGAGCAAUUUGAGGAGAACUGGUACAACACCUACUCAUCCAACAUCUACCGGCAUGGAGAAAAGGGUGCAUUUUACUUUGUUGCGUUGAACAAAGAUGGGACAUCCCGGGAUGGAACCAGGUCGAGGCGACAUCAGAGGUUCACGCACUUCCUGCCGAGGCCUGUAGACCCGGAUAGAGUACCAGAGCUGUACAGGGACAUACUGGAACAGAGCUGAGACUGAGGGGGUGUUAUGCUGACCAUGUCAGAGCCAGCGGAGCUGAAAAGCAAUUGAAGUGCACCUAAUCCUUUCCCUUUCUUGAGGGAGAUGGAAGAUCUUGUUGGUCUGGGCAAAACAGGAUCAUAUGAAGUGCAUCAUCAUCAACACUCCCUACUGCUGGCACGGAGGAAGGAAAGAGACUCGCUCUGAAGCAGACUAGACAGGGAGUUUCACUGAGCAGCACCAGGGAUCUUCUGUAGGAGAUAUGAAGCCCACGUGAAAGACAUAGAGGCUACUUGGGCCCCCAAUAUUGCCCCUUUAUUGGCCUGUGGAGAGGCCCUGGUGGCCAAACAGAUGAUUUAUGGAUUUCCUUUGAGUUUCCACCAAUUAGAUCCAUCUACCUGCUAGUCCAAACCACAUGUUCAAGAAGACAAAAGUACGGGAACUAAUCUAUGAGAUGCACAGCUUGUUUUUAGUAGCUUUUACAGCUGUGGCUGAUGAUUCUUUUCAAUUCCACUAUUUUCAAUAGGCCAUUUAAUUUUAUGCAAAACACUGCUGUGGCUGCUAUGUAAACGAUUUAAUGAAAAUGCAUAAUCCACUAUACAUCGUGGCUGGUUUGCACAAAAAGGUAGUUUUAUGCACUGGAAAGCAGUCAUGUCUGUUUUGGGAAACAGGUCUGAGAGCUGUAUGGGCCUGACUGUUGUGAUGGCAGGGAAAGAUUCUCUUUGAAACUGCUCCAAAGACAGAUGCUGCUCAGAAAAUAUGACUUUUCUCCAAAGUGCAUGAGGAGCGAGAGAGGAAGUGCAGAUCCAAUGGAGUUUUAUAAGGACUUCCUCUGUGUUCUUCUGUGGCGGAAUACUGCGUGUUCAUCUGUUGGAACUCUGGAGCCUCCUUGUAGAACCCAGUGAAGGAAUUCUGUUGUUCUCCCACUGACUGCAGUCAAACAAUAAUCACAGGACAGACAGAGACACCUUUACAAACCUGGUGACAGAUUUUAUUCUUAUUUAUGAGUUUUUGCUUCCUAGGACAUACAGUAUAUUUAUUUCAUAUAUUUAUUUAUUUUGAGAAUAUAUUUUUACAGGUAUGAGAUAAAAUUAAAAAAAAAAAUUC